GAAGAUGAAUCCCACAUACCAGUGGAGGAGGAAUUCGAAACCUCCACAAGACAAGCAAACUCACCCUGGCAAUCUUUUACAAAACACGAUCCCAUGGAGGAGGAAGGAGAAAUCCCCGCACCAAUGGAGGAGGAAGUGGGAACCUCCACAGCAAUGGAAGAGGAGCGUGAUGUGCAGGAAGCAGUGAUCCCUUUAUUACGUGUUAUAAAGCCUGGGCGCCAUAAGGGAUCACCUUGGGUUGAAAUGAAGGUCAACCGAUUGCGUGUCCUUCGUCCAGAAGCAAAGGCAGUCAUCUCAUAUGCCAUGGAUGAGAGCAGAAAUGAUGAUGAAAUGCUGGUGAACAUAAAUGAUAUUUUCCUCACAAGAAAAGAGAUGAGAACAAUCUCUUACAAUCAUUGGAUAUCAAAUAUGGUGGUUGAAGUCUAUUGCCAAAUGCUCCAGCUGAAACAAAAGCGUAGAGGAACCAAAUUUUUCUUUUCGCCUUCGAUUGGGGUAACAAAUUCUUCUAUCUAUAGUGAGUGUUUGUUUGACACAUAUUAG